AUGAGUUCAACCGCUUCUGAACUCGCUUAUAAAGAAUUUUUACAGGUUCUACGUGCUUCUUAUGUCCCGGAUAAAAUAAAAGAUGGUAUUUUUGGUGCAAUGAUGGCAAUUGACCUAAUUAACGACGGUCCCGUUACUGUUAUCCUAGACUCGCAGUCAAUUUCCGCCCCUGUAGCCUCCGACGCACCCGCCAACCUCGAGUCUGAUUCGGAAGUUGGCGAUUCUGAGGAAAAGCUAAUCUCGCCUUCCAACUCUUCUUCCUCGAACUAA